CUCAGUGUAAUAAAAUAGUGGCUAUACGUAUCUGUACUCAUAAAAUAAAAGGCUUCCAUCCAGUUUUCCCCAGACAAAUGCAUUUGACCAAAAAUACACAGGCUUUGGUUUUUUUACCUAAUGUUUCCCAAAAUGAGAGGACAAGGAGGGUGGACACAGCAGAUCCUUUUCAGCUGCUCACCAGAGUCUUGGCUUGCUUUCCAUUUUAUAAAAGUCCAUAUCUAGCUAUGAGUGUGGUGCAGAAAAUGCAGCCGUGUAUGCCAGAGGCAGAAAGGCAUUUCCAGAGGGUUGGAAAUGAUCAUUUUGAACUGAAAGGUGUCCCAGGCAUUCCAACUGGAGCCAAUAAUAACACUUGCAGUAUUGAUAUAGUUAAGAGGUCCGACUCCCUUAUAAGUAUGGCAGCAAGGGGAGGAUUCAUAUCCAGAAAUGUUCACUGAUGUUCCUUAAGGCAGGAGGAGGAGUCACUAAGGGCCAGCCAAGGAAGGAGCAGGAGAUGAAUGCAUUAAGAUAUUUAAACUUUUAACAGCAGGGCAGUAAAACUGUAGUGAUGCAUAAAAUUUGUUCUACUUCUCUUAGAGGGUAGCUCAGCUUUCAGAGGUUUGGGAAAUCCUCUAUUAAUCUUUGUGAAAUCCACACCUAGACUGGGAAAUGUUGAGGCAAGUCUUUAAAUCCUAAAUAUGUCUCUGCUUGUGUUGAUUGUGUCUAGGGUUUUGUGGUUUUCGUUCAUGCACAGAAACACAGGAGAUGCCAUAGCAGUUUUUAAUCUUUCUUUUAUUUUCAUCUCCUACUGAGGUUCAAAUGAAACUGUUAAAACUUAGGAGAUAUAAUUUUGUUAAAGCUGUUGUUGGUAAUAUGAAGCCAGUAAACAGGCCAUAUACACUAGCAUGGUAAACAUACGGUCUGAUGGCUCCUCCUGCUAUGCCAAUCGUGUCGCUUAGCCUAAAAAUGACAACGUGCUGAAGUAAAUAAUAAUAAUAGUAACAGCACGUAAGUCAUAUCUUUUGGCAACAUAUCCAUAUAUGCUUGGAGCUACAUAGAUGGGUUAAUUUACGUGACUUCUGGUGAAACUUCAUGCUGUUGUGGAUAGAUGGUUUCUUUUAGGACAGUUUUAAGCCAGACAGUCACAGUCUGAAUGAGGGAUGGUGUGCAGACACUGGCUUCUGGAGCAGGCUUAUUUAAAGCCUGUUCAGGUUUAAAGCCUGCAUGCUCUCAUGGAAGACUUGACUGGGAGGCUUGGCUGAGUGUUAAUGCAGCUGUUCCCUUAAAAAUGCUCUUGUUUCUGAUUCUUUGUCACAAUUGCUAAAGAACAAGUGUUUCGUUUGAGGCAGCCCCGGAUUCCCAAGCUGGGCAGGCAGGUGGCCAGAGCCCAUCCAGACUCCCCAGGGUCAUUCGUGGCUGUGCUCUGCCCUGGCCAAGCUGUGGGACCAGGGGCCCAUGGGAGGGGACUGGGGGGGGCUGGAGGUGUCAGGGAGGAGUGGGGGCUGCUGGCAGGAGGCUGCGGCUGGCAGGAGGCUGCGGCAGCGGAGCCAUCCCCUGGGCAGGCUCUGGGCCAGGAGCAGGCGAAGGCCCAGGGGUGGGAUGCUCUGGGCCCAGGAGGCAGAGGCACAGCAGAGAUGUGGGGGCCCUGGCAGCCCAGCAGCUGUUGUUCUAAGUAUCACUUUCUGUGCUACCUGCAUUCGAGCCAGGCUCCAAAGAGACCCGCAUGGUCAGUCAGUCAUACUGGGACUCCUGAAUUUGAUAAAGCCUGAUUUUGAAGACGCCUGCCUCACUUUUUUUAUCCACUGUGUUUAAGUCACCCAUUGCUGUCUAACCCAGUGUGGCCUGCGCCGCUCUGGCCCCAUGGCUGCAGGGCUGUUUCCGUGAGGGGGAUCGGCCCCCCGCCACCUGUCAUGGGCAGCUGAGCCGGAACAGGGGGACCGAGGCCUCUUGGACCCCCAGCCUGCGGGAGGCUCAGGGACAGAGCGAGGCAGGGGCACAGCUCUGUGGGAUGCCUGGAGGCCAUCGGGCACCCCUUUGCCUGGGGGCAAAGCGGGGCUCCCCCUCUGCCCUCUCCAAGCCGCCCCUUGCCCAGGAGCCCUACAGCCUGGCUCCGCAGCCCGGUGCCUCCCUGCCUUACGCUGGGAUGGAGAGGCAGCCCCUUUCUCGGAGAAAUAGAGCUCUGUGUAACUGAAUUGACAUUUGGCCUUGAUACCUGUAUCUCCUGAUAACUGAAACAAAUUUCUAAAAUAAAUAUUGUACUUUGAUCUUCCAGCCCUGCAUUUUUAAUGACAGCUCUGAACGUCACUUCAUUAAGAAUACAUUUCAGAGACUGAAAUGCUCUGAGUUUGAACACUAAUUAUUUGUACAGAAAAUUAUGACUGCAACGUUUCAUUAUUCAGCCCAUUGGUUUCUUCCAGAAAUGAGAAAUUAUUCUCGAUUUUUAAGUAAUGUACUUUCUUGGAUGCAGAUUUAUGGCAUCCGUAGUAAGGCAUCUGUGUAGAAACUUGCCCAACUUUCCACUAACUCUUUUGUAACAUGGCAAACCAUUUUGGUUAACCGAGAUAUCUGGGGAAAUAAUGUAGGUUAAAGGCUGGGGGGCUCCUGCACUACCUCCUGACGCUCCUUUCGUUUCCUUUUCGUGGUCCCGGGGUGUUAGCCGGUGCUGGCCAAGAGGCUGGCGGCCCGCCUCGGGGCUGGGGCCGGGGCCGGGGCCGUGCCGCACGGGCCGAGCUUUCGCUUCUCGCCGGGCCUCGAGGCGGAGCCGUGGAGAGGACCGGGCGCUGUGAUCCCUUCAAAGGGCGCGCUCUGAGGCCAGCCCUGCGCCUCUUGCAAGUCUUUGAGCGGACAGCGAUUGUUCCCACAGGAAGGGCAGAUAACGAUCUCUGCGUGCUGGCGCUUAGCGGGACUCCCGCGGCGGUGUGAAUACAAUUGAACCCGACGGCCGCGGGCGGCAUCGCCUUACCUGGGCGCGCAGCUCCGAGGGCCCCCCCGGCCCGGCCGCCCCGCGCCUUCGCCACGGCCGCGGAGCGGGUGGGGAGCGGGGCGCGGGGCCGGGCCGGGGGGGGGAUGGCCGGGGGGCCGCCCUCCGUCCCCCCGCACGGGUACAUCGCGUGGGGACCCGAAAGGCGGCGGAGCGGGGCCCUGGAGCCCAGCGGGGUUCGCGGCAGGGGCCGGGCGGGGAGGGGGGGUCAGGCCGGGGCUGGCUGGGGGUGUCGCCUGCUGCCCCCCUGCCCCGCCGCCAGCAGCAGCCGACCCGGCCGCCUCUCCUCGUGUAAGGGAAUCGCGCCUGUGCCACCCGCUAGGGAAGAGGAAACUUUUCCGCGCCGCUUCUUGGCUGCUCGCUCGCUCGCUCUGUCUGUCUGUCUGUCUGUCCGUCGCGGUUCCCACAGCCGAUGCGCCCCCCGCCGUCCUUUUGCCGAGCCCCGGCUCGGCGCUCCCCCGCGGCCCCCUGCCAGCCGGGGGGGUCCCGGCAACGCGGGCUGAGCGCGGGGGGACCUGAGCCGCGGCGGGGGCUCGGCGCGGCGCAGUCACGGCGGGGACACGUCCCUGCGGCCGCGGGGCGCGGGGGGAGCCGCUGCCGCCCGCUGCCGGGCAGUUCUACAGCGGGACCCAGCGGCCCCGUCAGGUGAACUCGCCGGGCCGCUGCUGUUACUUGCGGCCGUCAAACACCGGCAGCGGAAUCCGGAGGCAGAUUUCUCGGGCGAUAACAAAGCCACGUCGCCACUUUAGGGCUCUGCCACACAUCCUUAGGAGAAAAAAAAAAAAAUCACCGCGAAGAGGGAGGGGGGGGAUCCAGUGUCUUGCACAUCCAGUGCGAGGGUCUCCAGGCGGUAAGGGUCCUUUGAUCAAGAAAAUCCAAUUAUUUGUGUAUAUACAUUUCCCACAUAGUGAUUACUUCAUUUUGUCCCGCCUUUAUCUCCUCCCUUCCCAUCCCCCCUAAUAAUCAGUUCUUUUAUCCAGACCAACAAACACACCAUAGGAGCUUUGUGGAUUCAAAGGAUUUGCUUUCGCUUCUGAAAGAGCCGCUAUUCUUUGAUGAUUGGGUAGCGGCAAACUUCAAAGCCAUAAAUCUUCCCUCUGACUGGCUGGCGGCCCAGCAAAGUCCUUAUCAAAUUCUUGGAGGUGAUCCUGGUGCAGGCAGACGGGCCGCGGAGAUCGCGCGGCGCGGGGGGGUGGCACAGGCACGGAGGCGAGGGGAGCGGAGCGGGAGCGGAGGGGAAGCGAAGCGAAGCGGGCAGGUCCUCGCCUUCCCCGCGGCGUCUCCAUGCCUCGGCAGUGCCCCGCGCCGUCCCCUCGCCCCGGGCGCAGUAGCCAUGGCCGCGGUGGCCGUCCUCCGGAACGACUCCCUCCAGGCUUUCCUCCAGGACCGCACCCCCAGCGCCUCCCCGGACUUGGCCAAGCACUCGCCGCUGGCUCUUCUGGCCGCCACCUGUAGCCGGAUCGGACAGCCGGGCGCGCCGCCCUCGGAUUUCCUGCAGGUCUCCUACGACCCGACGCUGGUCCCCUCCAGGAUCUUCCACCCGUGGAGCGGCGAGAUGCCCGCGCACUCCCCGGGGGGGCUGCCGCCGCCGCACCCCAGCCUGGGGCUGACCCCGCAGAAGAACCACCUGCAGCCCUCCUUCGGGGGGGCGCACGAGCUGCCCCUCACCCCCCCGGCGGACCCCUCCUACCCCUACGAGUUCUCCCCCAAGAUGCUGCCCUCCUCCAUGGCCGCCCUGCCGGCCAGCUGCCCCCCCGCCUACGUCCCGUACGCUGCCCAGGCCGCCCUGCCGCCCGGCUACUCCAACCUGCUGCCGCCGGCGCAGCCCUGCCGGCAGCUCUCGCCCAACCCGCCGCCCGAGGACAUCCCCUGGUGGAGCAUCCAGCAGCCCGGCGCCCCGGCCGGCUGCGGCCACCGCUUCCCCGCCGCCGCCGCGCUGCCGCGGAGCCUGGUGCUGGGCCACUCGGACUUCGCCCAGUACCAGACGCAGAUCGCCGCCCUGCUGCAGACCAAGUCUCCCCUGGCGGCCACGGCCAGGAGGUGCCGCCGCUGCCGCUGCCCCAACUGCCAGUCGGCCGCGGGCAGCGCCCCGGAGGCGGAGCCGGGCAAGAAGAAGCAGCACAUCUGCCACAUCCCGGGCUGCGGCAAGGUGUACGGCAAGACCUCGCACCUGCGGGCUCACCUGCGGUGGCACACGGGCGAGCGGCCCUUCAUCUGCACCUGGAUCCUCUGCGGGAAGCGCUUCACCCGCUCCGACGAGCUGCAGCGGCACCUGCGGACUCACACGGGCGAGAAGCGCUUCGUCUGCCCCGAGUGCGGGAAGCGCUUCAUGCGGAGCGACCACCUCUCCAAGCACAUCAAGACCCACCAGAACAAGAAGCUGAAGGCGGCGGCGGACGGUGUCAAGCGGGAGGACGGCCGCGACCUGUGACCGCCGCGCGGGGCAGGGACCCGGGGGCAGGGAGCCGGGGCAGGGGGCGGCCGGCGGCGGGACUGGUGGCGGGCCCGGCGAGCGGGAGCCCGG